AAUUUCCUUAUGUCACUCCACUUUAUCAUCAUUCCCUCUCUACCCUUUUUUAUUUGUUGCUGAGAAUUUGAUCUCCAAACCGUCCUUUCCAUUUCUUCAUUUCUUUCUCAAGAAAAACCCAGAAAGGAGGUAGAAAAAAUAUGGCCAAAAUAUUGUUGCUCAUUGCACUAUGUGUGCUCCCAGCUCUGGUUAGUGCUACACGCAUGGUGAAGAAUCCAUUGGUGGUGCAAGGACAAGUAUACUGUGACCGUUGCCGUGCUGGUUUUGAAACCCCUAAAACUAGAAGCAUGGCUGGUGCCAAGGUUAAGGUGGAAUGCUCUGACAGGAAGACCGGCCAAGUUGUGUACAAGAGGGAGGGAUACACCGAUUCAACCGGACAAUACAAGAUUGUUGUGUCUGAGGAUCACUUGGAUGAGAUCUGUGAUGCUGCUCUUGUGAAGAGCUCCCAGCCCGAGUGUGCCAAAAUGUCACCAGGUCGUGAACGUGCCCGUGUCAUCUUGACCAACUUCAAUGGCAUUAUAUCCAGCACCCGUUAUGCCAAUGCCAUGGGCUUCAUGGUUGACGAGGCUGAAGCUGGCUGUGCUGAGAUUAUGAAGCUGUAUCAGGAGGAAGAUGAAUAGAGUAUGGUUUGGAGUUAUUUUCAAGUCCGAAUGACUAGUCAGCAUAUGAAUAUGAUGUUGUCUGCUAUUUGUUAAUUGAAUUGUUUCGUUACUUCUCUGUUUAGAGGACUUAAUAACUUAUUUUCUUUGAAUUCUAUUACUAGUAUAAAAAUAUGCUACGGCUUCUAUCUGAUAAAUAUUUUGGGUAAUUGGUGUUCUUUUUCCUUGAU